AUGCCAUCGUCAAACGGCAAGACGAACCGCAAAGACUCGACGUCGAACUUGCUUCGGCUGUUCCAUGGCGGGCGGGCCGAUCAUCGUGUGGUCACCAGACAAGACCUGACCACGGAUUAUCCCGAAAAUGAUGACAGUCCGCGGACUUCGAACUCCGAUGGUGGGAUCGCCAUCAAUAAUUAUUACACGUGGAACUCGUCCAGAACGAACUCUUCCAUACACAAGGAGAGGGCGGAAAUCGUAUCAGCACUGCACUCGGUCAAGUCAGCGUCGGAGCCGCAUCGCGGCCUGGCGAUGAGCAACAGCUUCACCAGAUCACACAGGUUGAGGGAAAUCAUGUCAAUGUGCGCGGACCGCCGGGGCGAUUUUUCAACGGACGAGUACCACCGCCACGACCACGGUAACAGCGGUAACGACCAGGACGACGACGACGACGACGUGGCUUCGGCCUGGUCGACCAGCGGAGCGACCGCGGCCCGACGUAGUUGGUCGUCGUCGUAUAUCGGUGGCACGUCACGUUGCUGGUCGUGUACAGCCACCGACCGCGAAACUGACGAAGAUGACGACGACGACGACAACAACAACUUGACCGCGGACGAGGCUCACUGCCGACGGACGGCUGAUAGUCGUCAGUGGUCUUGGGUACGAAAGUUGAACCGGAAGUUCAGAAACAGUCGAGACAGCAGAUAA